GUUGGUGUGUUUGCGCGCUCGGGUUUGAUUCAGUGUAACACACUCACUCACACACAAAACUGUUAACGAUAACGAGCCAGUCGGGCCACGACUACUACAACGACAACGAACGUGUGCUGCGAGUAUUUUCAGUUUCAAUUUAGAUACGAAAGCAUUUGGGAGUAACUUUGAGAUACGGCGGGUAAUAUUUUAGUAUUUCUGAAAUAAAAAUAAUUUUUGUAUGCAGAGAUAGAAAGGAAAUAAUUUUUUUGAAAUACGUAAAGCAAAAGAAAAAUAUGAAAAUACGUUAUAUUUGUAAUGAAUUUUUGAAAUUGUGUAAAUGUUUGAAAAAUUAAAAGAAAUUCGAAAAGUUUAAUUUUAUUGUGGGCGUUAAAUAUGUAUUUUCUAGACAAAAUGUUGUUUUUUGCCGAAAUUUAUAUCGAAAAUUUAAUUUUUAUGCUGAAUAGACCGACCGGCACAUGAUUUUAAGUGAAAAGUAAAACAUUCACCAACACACGUCAAUAAAGAGAGUGAAUGAGUGUGAUUAAACGACGAAAAAAUAAAUAAAUUAAAAGUGAAUUUGUUUUUAUUUUUAUUUUAAAAACUUAAGUAACAACAACAAUUUCAAAAAAGAGCAAAAAAAGAGUGUUCUUUGAAAAUAAUAGACCCCAACAUAAUGGGUGCUCUAGGCCUAACGGAGCUUUGGCACAAACUUUCAAACUCAGUGAGCGAAUGUGUGUCUAACGGUGUGUUUGCCAAAAUAAACCUACAAAAACAACAACACGAGAAAAAACGCUAAUUGCAGAUAAAACUAAAAACAAUUACACCAAAUAAAAAAAAAAACAAAAAAGUGAUCUAUUAUUUUAUUUAGUUUUGCUGUUUGUUGUCCAAGCAAAAACGUCAUCUCUUCAAAAGAGUUUUACUGAAGUGCGUGUGAGUGAUAGAGUGUGCAAAAGCGUACGUACGUGAGUGAGUGUGUGUGUAUGGAAAUGUUUGUUGUCCACUGAGAUGACGGUGAUGAUGAGUACGUGAAAUUAGCAUACCCAUCUACUUACUAGCAGCAUACUUAACGACAACAGAGCUGUGCAAAAAAUAUUUUAGUGUGGCUGCUGCGUCAAGUACGUUUUUACGCGCCUUAACGAAAACAUAGAUAAGCGGUACUGAAAUAUUACAGUAACAACUCAAAAUCCAUAAAACUUUUCCGGUUUUAACGCUAAACGAAAACAAAACAAAUAAAAAUACAAAUUAAGUUCAAGAAAAUCCAAGAAAAAUAAUUCAUAAAUAAAAAAAAUAUACAUAAAUUCAAAAAGUCUGUAAAAUAAAAAUAAUUCAAACCACUAAAAUUAUCGUGUAAUCUACAUAAAAAAAAUCAAAACGAAAGCAAUUUAGUUAUUAAACCUUUAAAAAAAAUCAUAAAAUUUUCCUUUAAAUUAAAAUAUAAAGCAAAAUAAAAGUUUUAAAAUUUUUUUACUCAAAGAAAAGCAAAAUUGAAAAGUGCUGAAAAUAAUGUUAAGUGUUCUGCUAAUAAAAAUAAUUUACAUAACUGAAAAUUAAUUUCAACCAAAACAACUCAUUUAAAUAAGCUCGCGACGACAACGACGACCUUCACGACAAAACAUUUCAACUUCAUCUUCAUCAUCAACAGCAGCACAAUCAGCAAAAACGAUGAAAAAACUUCAUGGUUUAAUGGAAAUAAUUUUAAAACGACAACUCCAACAAAGUAUAGUGUUUAACAGCAAUCAUACAGAAGUUGUUGCUUAAAAAAAUUUUAAUUAAAUUUAAAUCACUUUCUAAAAUAAAAAUUAUUGCUUUUUUUGUGCGAAAAUAAGAAGAAAAAAAGUGGAAAAAUAAAGUUCUGUUAAAUUUCGUGGAUUGUUUUGAAUGAAAAUGAAAUCGUCAGUUAAAUUUGAAAAAUGCAUUAUCAGCGAGGACGACGAAGAUGAAACUCAUAAACGAUGUCACAAAAUUCUCGUUAAUAAUGCCAUCAUAGUAAUGAAGUGCAAAAGAUAUGUCUACACUAUGGUAACCUAAAAACGAAUUUCAAUAUUUCAGACAUACAAUAAAAAAUCGAAAAACGAAAAAACAAAAAACAAAACAAUACAACCCAAACCCAAAAAAUUAAAAAAAAAAUAAAAUAUAUGUAUAAAAAAAAGAACGAAAAUUUUAUGAUUUAUAGAAAACAAGGUGUCAUAAUUUUAUGAAAUAAUAAAUAAAAAAUAAUAAAACAAAAUAAAGUGUAACUAAAACAAGUUUAAUUUGGUGUAAAUUUACACCAGCCACUGUUAAAAGCGCGCGCAAAAAUUACAACAAGUGUAGUAGCUGUAGUAGUGGUUACAACAACCGCGCAACAGUGUUUCAUUUUGCGUUUGUAACGAACAAUUAAGUUUUGGGGCGUUUUUUUUUUACUUUUUGAGUGCUUGAACGCAAGCGAUCAAGUAAUCAACAUUUUUGCCCAAUUAUGCGAAGAAAUCUGCGUUUAGAUUGGAGGGCUUUGGCGCUGCUGGGUGCCCUCCUAUCGAUUAUAAUCGAUUGGCCGGGUUUGGUAUAUGCGAUGCCAACCAUAUUGCCACCAGUGGCUGCUAUAGCAGCAGAUGCCGCACCCAUAGACACACUAAAUAUAAUUAAAAACGAUAAAAUUUUAAACUUUUUUCCUGCCGAGGCGGCCAAUGAUCAUCCACAUCAAAAGGACAGCAAAAUGAAAAACGAAUUUACCACCACCAGCCAUCAAAUACUUAACGAAAAUUUGAACAGUUUUUCAACGACAACGGUUCCCACGCCGUCUACUUCUAUAUAUAGCGAGGAAAUGGCAACGGAAACAGAAACAGAGCAACAGCCACCAACACAACGAUUAACGACGACAAUAAAUGAGAAGCAGCAGGUUAACGAAAACUAUAAUAGUAUUAGUGAUAAUAAUAAACAAAUAAACGAUAAAAAACAAGAAAAUGAUCAAGAAGAAAUAACUGCCAUUCAUAAAACACAGCAACAACAGCAAAACUCACAAGACGAAUCAGCCGCCGUACAAAAGGUGUCAUUAUUAAAUACUCAUACUAAAAACUCAACAACUAACAUCAUAAGUUUAUCUAAGUCCACCAACAACACACAACCCACCAUCUCCACCACUCCACCUCCACCCUCUACAACCGAAUCAUCAGCCAAAAUACAAUCUACCUUAAUGCCCACAACUUUAGCUGAGCCCUCAGCUAAUGAUGAUGAACUGCAGCAGCAUCAGCAGCAGCAACCUCCUUUCAAUAGUCAUUUAACUAACACAAAUUUAAGAAACAAUUUUAAAUUCUCAUCAUCUCAUCAUUUGGCCAUAUUGUCAAGAACUGAACGCAGUAUACGAUCCUCUUCAUCAUCAUCCUCAUCAUCGGCCAAUGUUAGUUCAUGGGGCAUGCCCCUGGCAUCUAGUGGCAGCAGUAGUAGUAGAAGUAGCAGUACGGGUGGUGUCGGUGUUCUGGUGAGACGUUCAUCCGAUAUGAGUGUUUUGAAAUCAAAAAGACUGAAUAAUUCUAGAAAUUUACAACAUAAAAACAAUUUGGAUCGUAAUGAACGUUCCACGGUAUCACAUCUAUCGGGACCAUCACGUAAAAUUCAAUUGUACAUUAAAAAUCGUUUCAUACAAUUGCUGCCCGAUGGUACAGUUAAUGGAACGCAAGAUGAGCAAUGUGACUACACGAUUCUGCAGCGUUCUACUGUCGAAGUGGGGCGUAUUAAAAUACAAGGUGUUGCCACUUGUUUAUAUUUAUGUAUGGAUCCCUGUGGUGCUGUUUAUGGCUCGAAAGAAUUUACGGACGAUUGUGUCUUCAAUGAAAGCAUGGAACAGCACAACUACAAUACCUAUUCAUCCACCUAUAAUUCGAAUACGCGGCGCAAAUACUAUUUGGCGUUGAAUCGCCAUGGAGAGCCGCGUAAAUUACAAAUACCACCCAGCCGUUCGUUGGGCAAAUUAGCAACAUAUACGAAUGCUAUACCCGAGACGGUGCCGCAAGAGCGUGUCGAACAGCUGAUUGCGAAAAAUUUCGGUGCAAAUCGUGUUAAACAUGGCAUACGCCAACUCUGUGAUACUGGCAAACCGUUGAUCGAAUUGAUCGACAGUAAAAACUUUAAAGCACGACCCAAGUGCAAUCCAAACAAUAGUAAUAAUAACAAUAAUAGUAAUAGUAAAAAUACUUUAAGUAGAAAUUUAGAUAAAGAAAAUAGUUUAGUUAAUCCUAAUAAUAAUAAUCAUCCGCAUACUAAUGGCCAAGUUUUGAACAACGUUCCUGUUGCCAAUGAUAAAAAUAAUUUAAGUUCGAAUAGUCGAAGUAGUAGCAGUAGUAGCAAUAGCAAUAGCAGACCAGAAACAAAUAGAGAUAGUAGUAGUAGUAGCCCGAGUAGUAUUAGCAUUAGUCAAAAUAAUGGCCAUAUUAGUAAUAGCAUUAGUAAUAGUAAACACACAAGUAGUAGCAAUAGCCACAGUGACAGUUCAACAGCGACGAGUAGUAUUAGCAAUAGUACAGCACCUCAAACUGGUAGUCACAGAGGCGGCAAGAAAGCGGGCAAGAAACGAAAAUGCCGGCGUUUCGAAAACGAAGAACAACACAAUUGCACCACACCCCUUAACCGGCCCACAUCCUUCACAAAGCGUGGCAAUCAGCUGGGGCCCAUUCGACAGCAAAAGUGUCGAGAUUUGCUGCUGCAGCAGCAACAAGCGGGGGUCACUGACAUAGUGCUGCCACCUAUGUGCACGAAGAAAGGAGGCUCUAAAAAGCAGCAGGGUAACAAUAGAAGAGGUCAGGGUAAAAAUGGAUUGGGUACAGAUGGCUUAGGGCCCAAUAAUCGCCGUGGAAAAAAAUUAAAUAUGAAUCGGGGCGCUGGAGGCGGUGGGGCGGGAAGACAGGCAGCUAAAAAUAAUCAAAACAACGCCAAUAAUAAUGGCGGCUCAAAGAAAAAGCAGAAGAAUUCCAAAAGAGGCGGUAUCAACAACCCCAAUAACAACAACAAGAAAAACAACAAAAAAGCCUCGGGCACAACCACCGAAAAAACAGCAGCUUCCACCUCCACCCAAAGUUCGUCCACGUCCACGCUGAGGCCUAAAUUUUGGGAAACUACCUCUCUGAUGCCCAGCACCACACUGUUCGACAACUACGAUCCGCACGCCGAAACCACCAGCGAUCGUGGCGACAGAGAACAACGCAAUGUAAGAUACUCCAAUUCCAUGGAAGAGUACAUGGAACAAUCAUCGGAAGAUACUUCGGCCGCCGAAGAUCCGGAAGACGAUGAUAACGAUAUGGAGAAUAACGACGAAAUGAACGAAGACGCCAGCUAUGAAGACGAUUCAUAUGCUGGUCCAAGCAGCAGCAGCCAUAUACCCUAUACGGCUGCUGAGUCAUCACACACGCCUCUAACGGCGGGAGCAGACGAUUUCCUGUAUUACGACCAGCUAGAUUUCAAAGGAUGUCCCAACGACACAACUGAAUUACAUGCGUGUGAUGAGGGAUUUUUAGGUAAAUCAAAUUUGGAGCAACCAAAUAAUGAAGUUUCCGGAAAUGGCCCUUACAGAAUAUAUCUGCAUGUGUGGUGACCGAAGUAGGCGCAGAGGUCUAUACGACUGAUAUCUCUU